UUGCAGUGCACAUACAUUACAUACAAUAUAAUACACUCUCUUCGUAUGCGGUACACCGCGAGGCCUAACGCAGAUGCACAUUUUCAUCCUGUCAGUCUCGCUUCCUGCUCGCUCGCGACCGGUUCGUUGUCAAUAAAAUUCUCGGACAGUGGAAUAAGUUGUUACACUUUUUAUUUCGAUCUGGUAGUUUUUUUAACUGACCUUUUUUUUAUCUGGGAACGAGUUAUUGUGGGGAAUAACGAGUUGUGUCGCUGUUUUAUUACUUUUACUCACUUACCUAUACUAAUCAGUGGACUAAUAGAAUCACUCAGCAUGAAGUUUCCCGCCAUUCGGCGGAUGGUCUUCCUGGUCGUAUCGGCGACUAUCGGGUCUUGUCCUUCCGCCAUUUCCAGUCCACGGAGUCCAGGACCUGGUUUUCUGCUCGAUGGCAUCUCCAAUGUUGCUACCAGUGCUUCCAACUUCUUGACGGGCGUAGUUCAGCGACAAAAGGAGCUGCUUCAUCAUGUGACAGACACAGCAACCGAUUACGUCUCCAAUGCCGUGGAAAAGCCAAGGAACAUCCUGAUGAACACCGCGAUCAUGACUACUAAUUACAUCGACAGUGCAGCGUCAAUUGGACUGGACUUUAAGUUGCGGCGGUUGCUAGAAAAAUUCCGCAGCCGAAUGCCGUAUGGAUUUCCAGAGCUCGAUGUCCCGGUACUUGAGCCCCUGCAACUGCACGAUAUUUAUGUGGAAACUCACAACCCGGAAAUCGGCGAUUGAUCGAGCUCGGCUGUCACUUCUAGGGCCGACGAUAGCUGUAAAUCUGACAAUACCGACAGUAAUUGUCGACGGGUACUAUAACAUAUCUGGAAUACUUGGGGACACAUUUGAGCUCCACGGUUCUGGGCCAUUUGCAGCGACAGCCCGUGACUUUAAAGUUUUCUUCAUGACGGUGCUGGGCUACUCGCGGGGGAUGUAUUUGAAAAGCUUCGAUCUGGACUUUUCGAUCCGUGACGUAAAGAUACGGAUGGUCAAUUUUAUGGGGAACAGUAAAUACAGUUCAGUUAUGAAUGAGGUCUUUCAGGAGCUCACCCCACAAGGCAUCGAGAUCAUUAAGCCUGAAAUAUUGCCGGAUAUACAGGACUUCAUUGCAGCCAGAGUAAAUGACACUAUUUAUCAUCUAACGAUGAGAGAUAUACUGACCUUUCUCAUUGGUGAAAAUGAAAUACGAAACAACCCUCAUCUACUGCAGCCUUAA